AUGGCUUCGAGUGGACGUGCAGAACACAGUUGGUCUCCAAAUUACGGCCGUCACAUGGAUGAGAAUCAUUCAAAUGGUGUAACCAACGAAGACAUGGCCAUCAGUCUACUGCAAACCCAGAUGGAACUGUCUCUUAUACGGGAGGACUUCCAAGACCAGUUGCGUGAGCUCCAUCAGACAGUUAAUCAACACUUAGAUGCCAUGAACCUUGAGAUUUGGUGGUGGUGUUGCUGGGCUGCUGAUUUGUCAUCGUUUUUUGUCGAUGAUCUCUGUAAUAGGUUAUUGAAUAGCAGAAAGCAAUGUAAACAAACCCAUGGGUGA